AUCGUGGCCUUUAAAAUCCGGCUUGGUGAGCUUGGGUCGCCUCUGAAGGAGAACCAUUUUCCAUCUCUUUCAUAGUUGUUUCCCCCAGUCAGCGUGGUAGCGGUAUUCUCCGCGGCAGUGACAGUAAUUGUUUUUGCCUCUUUAGCCAAGACUUCCGCCCUCGAUCAAGAUGGUGGUUGGACGGCCUUCCUAACCUUUACGGGGCCUGGCGGUGCUGACGCCUGAGCUGGUAGGGGUGGAGCAGGUAGGAAACAGCAAAUGCAGAAGCUGCUGCGCGGGAGUCGGCCAUGGACUGGAAAGAAGUUCUUCGUCGGCGCUUAGCGACGCCCAACACCUGUCCAAACAAAAAAAAAAGUGAACAAGAAUUAAAAGAUGAAGAAAUGGAUUUAUUUACAAAAUAUUACUCCGAAUGGAAAGGAGGUAGAAAAAACACAAAUGAAUUCUAUAAGACCAUUCCCCGGUUUUAUUAUAGGCUGCCUGCUGAAGAUGAAGUCUUACUACAGAAAUUAAGAGAGGAAUCAAGAGCUGUCUUUCUACAAAGAAAAAGCAGAGAACUGUUAGAUAAUGAAGAAUUACAGAACUUAUGGUUUUUGCUGGACAAACACCAGACACCACCUAUGAUUGGAGAGGAAGCGAUGAUCAAUUACGAAAACUUUCUGAAGGUUGGUGAAAAGGCUGGAGCAAAGUGCAAGCAAUUUUUCACAGCAAAAGUCUUCGCUAAACUCCUUCAUACAGAUUCAUAUGGAAGAAUUUCCAUCAUGCAGUUCUUUAAUUAUGUUAUGAGAAAAGUUUGGCUUCAUCAAACAAGAAUAGGACUCAGUUUAUAUGAUGUCGCUGGGCAGGGGUACCUUCGGGAAUCUGAUUUAGAAAACUACAUAUUGGAACUUAUCCCUACGUUGCCACAAUUAGAUGGUCUGGAAAAAUCUUUCUACUCCUUUUAUGUUUGUACAGCAGUUAGGAAGUUCUUCUUCUUUUUAGAUCCUUUAAGAACAGGAAAGAUAAAAAUUCAAGAUAUUUUAGCAUGCAGCUUCCUAGAUGAUUUAUUGGAGCUAAGGGAUGAGGAACUGUCCAAGGAGAGUCAAGAAACAAAUUGGUUUUCUGCUCCUUCUGCCCUAAGAGUUUAUGGCCAGUACUUGAAUCUUGAUAAAGAUCACAAUGGCAUGCUCAGUAAAGAAGAACUCUCACGCUAUGGAACAGCUACCAUGACCAAUGUCUUCUUAGACCGUGUUUUCCAGGAGUGUCUCACUUAUGAUGGAGAAAUGGACUAUAAGACCUACUUGGACUUUGUCCUUGCAUUAGAAAACAGAAAGGAACCUGCAGCUCUACAAUAUAUUUUCAAACUGCUUGAUAUUGAGAACAAAGGAUACCUGAAUGUCUUUUCACUUAAUUAUUUCUUUAGGGCCAUACAGGAACUAAUGAAAAUCCAUGGACAAGAUCCUGUUUCAUUUCAAGAUGUCAAGGAUGAAAUCUUUGACAUGGUAAAACCAAAGGAUCCUUUGAAAAUCUCUCUUCAGGAUUUAAUCAACAGUAAUCAAGGAGACACAGUAACCACCAUUCUAAUCGAUCUGAAUGGCUUCUGGACUUACGAGAACAGAGAGGCUCUUGUUGCAAAUGACAGUGAAAACUCUGCAGACCUUGAUGAUACAUGAUCUCUGAAAGACUAGACUGUCUUGUAUUAAGAGAUACUUGAAUGCUGCAUGUAAAGCCUUUAAAGCAAAAUCCUCAGAAAUGGUCUAAAUAAAACACUUACUUGAUAUGCCUAGAGAA